GUGGAACGCUUUGCGAAUGCGGAGAAGGGCCGAUGAGAUAACGCGACCUUCAACCACAUUGUUUGAAGGCGCUCAACGGUCGAUAACAAGGUCUGGAGGGAAUCCGGUGUUAAAUUGUAAGCCGUGGCUGCAUUUUGUCGCUGGCCGUUAUGUAUGCCUUCCUUCCAGUCGUUGGCCUGACCAGGAUGUCAGUGGCAUGUUGUUCACUGCGAAUCUACCUGCGACGACAAGUUAAAUCCAAGUUGAUCUUCACACCCGGAAGUGGAAGACUAUUGAUUCUUGACAUCGUUCCCUUCGGCGGUCCCUGUUAUUUCAGGGGAAGAACAAAAGAUAAGAUGCACUUCGUGCUGGCCACCCUGCAGUCAUUGAGCCAUGCGAACUUGAUCCGUCCUACUCCCAUCGGACAAGUGUUCGUUUUUCACAUCGUGGUAUUUGCGAACACAAUGAACGUGCCCAAGGCGAGUCUCACGGCAUCCAUACAGGGGCAUGGACGCGGCAAGUCUCUGUUAAGUGGUAUUCACAUGGGCAACUCGUCCGUUGACAUUGACCACUUCCGGCCACGUACUCAGUUUCCUAGGGAGUAGUAGCAGCGAUGUUGGAGAAACAGUUUGACAGGCUAUGUGAGAAUUCCAACGUGGCCGGUACCCGUGCUAUGCAAGCAUAAGAAAUUAUGGAA